AUGCACCAGCUGCGCCCCGGCGACAGGGUCACCUUACCGCCAUACAUCUACUUAGAGGCUAAGGAACAGACCGUUGCCAUGAAUAAGAUGAUCAACGUGGAUUUCACCCAAAGCUUCGAAAUUGAUGAUAUCAUCUGCACUACUGAGGAGACCGGGGCGCGGGUGGUCUUCUUGCAUCCCGUAGCGAACGUCGUUGGACUGCCAUGCAUGAACGUUCGCGCAUUUCUCAAGAAGGUGACAAGACGGGGUGGUUGGAAAGACCGCAUUGUCGUUAUUGACAGGACAAUGAUCUCUGACGGCUUGUCCGUGUUCGACUGGGCUCCGGGCAGCGAUUGA